AAAGGCGUCAUGGAGCAGAACUCGUCAUCAUCAUCAUCAUCAUCAAGGUUAUUUCAUUUUUUUUUUAUAUUAUUUUGCAAAUCAAUCGGGAGAGGAGGAGAAAGAAGAGGCAGGCUAUGAUACUGUUAUAUAUGCGAUAUGCGAAUAUCAAUAUAUAUAUCUAUAUACAAUAUGAAGUUUAAAAAGAGAUUGCGAUAGAUAAGUGGGAGAGGCGGAAGGAGAAGAGAGAAAGAGAAGGAGUAGAGCAGUUACAGUUACAGUUGGAUGCUACUGUACAUGUAAUAUGCAUGUAUGAUUCAAUUUAGCAACCAACCUAAACUCUGGUUUUGCAAUAAUAAUGUGUCCUGAAAAAAGAAGAAAAGUGGCGAGUGAUGAAUGAGGAUCGUCUUUGUUUUUUUUAUUUUUAUUUUAUUUCGCAAUCAAACAAACCUUGGAAGUAGCAGCAGAAAAGAAAAGAAGAUUAAAGUAGCGAGCCCAUCAGAAACAGGAAAGACAACAGUCUUGAAGCAAUUGAAGCUACUCUAUGGUCGUAAAGGAUUGGAUGCGGAGCGUCAGACAUACAGGAGAGUUGUUCAUUUGAACACCAUGAAGGCGAUCCAGGCAUUGUCAUAUGGACUUCAACGAGCCAACAUCCCACUGGAGCAUGCAGAGAACAUUGCUCAUCUGGAGACUGUGAUGCGAUUGGAAACAACGUUGAAACGAUAUUCGAUUACUUCCAUCGGUUUCACCAACCCGGCCAUCCCACGUAAAAUCACAGAUGCAAAGGCGGAGACAGACAUGUUUUUGGAAAUGGUCCCUGCCAUCAAGGCCCUCUGGGCGGACGCUGGUAUCCAAAAAACCUACAGGCACGCAUCCAACCUUAACCUUCAGGAUUCUGCCAAAUAUUUUCUGGAUUCUGUAGACCGAAUCGCAGAUGUAAAUUAUGUCCCAACAGAUGAUGAUAUUCUUCAGGCUCGGGUUAGGACGUUGGCAGUGUCUGAACAUCUCUUCAAUAUUGAUGGAGUAAUAUACAGGAUCUUUGAUGUCGGUGGCCAAAAGUCACUACGAAAAUAUUGGGCGCCAUAUUUUGAUGACGUCAACGCGAUUAUUUUCAUGGUAGCCUUAUCAGCAUACGAUCAACCGUGUGAGGAUAAUGAGCGAUUGAACCGAUUAGAGGAAUGUAUGGCGCUCUUCAACUCGAUUGCAAACCACAAGUUGUUCGAGACCACGUCCUUCCUGUUGUUCCUGAACAAGAUCGAUAUCUUUCAACAAAAGUUGGAGGCCGGUUCCUUGGUCAGUGAUCAUUUCCCAGAAUACAGAGGACCCAAUGAUUAUGCCCAUACGACCCUGUUCUUCCAACAACGGUUCUUGCAACAAUGUAAAGAUACAGCCAAACAGGUCUAUACCCAUUUCACACAUGCCACGGAUACGAACCAAAUGAAAGCCAUUGUUGUGGCAGUGAACUCGAUCGUUCAACACUUGAAUCUUCGCAACUCGGGACUCUUGUAAAGAAAAUUACGCAAGGAAAAAGGACAGAAAAAGGACAGAAAAAAAAAUAAAAAAAAAAAAAAAAAGAUCGACCAUAAUAAUGACCAGCAUUAACCCAUCCAGUCAUCCAGUCAUCCAGUCAUCCAGUCAUCCAGCCAUCCAGUCAUUCAGCCAUCAAUAAUAGCAGCAAUAGCAAUGAGCAAAAAAAAAAAAAAAAAAAAAAAAAAAAAUUGGAUUGGAAUGAACGAACAGGAUUGCUUUUUUUUAUUUUCUUUUAACAUUUAAUUUUUAUUUAUAUUUCUAUCUAGCUAGUAUUAUUAUAGUUUUAAAAAGCAACCCAUUUGAUGACAUGAACAUUUAUUCCAAACCAGAAAAGAAGAAGGGAA